AUGGAAGCUAAAAUAAAAGCAGAACUGAGAGGUAGAGACCCGUCAAAGGUCAAACGUCUUCGUUUGGUUAGUUGUCAUUCGCAGUCGAUCGUCGGUAUAACCACUGAAUUCACUUCGCUUCGUUUUCUCUCGAUAACAUAUUCUGGAUUAAUAUCGAUUACUGGUUUACCGAGACUACCAUGGCUAUGUCGCUUGGAUUUAUCGCAUAAUUCACUAGGUGAUGCUUCACUGAAUAAUUUACCAGAACUCUGUCCAAAUUUACGCUACAUUUCUCUCUGUGACAAUGAUAUUAGAAGUAUGCGAGCGCUCAUACCGUUAUCGAAACUGAAAAAGCUAGAAACGAUUGAGCUCAUGGAUAAUGAGAUUAUAAAAAAUGAAAAUUUUCGGACGAAAGUUUUUGAGCUUAUGGAUAGGUUGCUUGUUCUGGAUGGGCGCGAUUCCCAAAAUAGAGAAAUAUUUUUGUUUGAAGAUUAUAAUAAAAGUACGACUGAAGAAGAGGUAUCGGAAACAGAUGAAGAAAAAGAUGACGAAUAUUCAAUUGGCCUUGACUACCUCGAGGAUGAAUCUAUUUUAGAGGAUGAAGAUGAAUCGGAGGAUUACAAAGAUAAUAGCAGUGUUCCAGAGGUAAAAGAUAAGGAUUUACGACGUUGUACAAAACGCAAACAUGAAGAUGAAGAAAGAGAAGAUGUUUGA